AUGUUUGAAGAUUACGGUAACCUUAAGUACUUCCUUGUACCUGCCAUCAUUGUUGGAACCAUCAAAUUAACCAUCCUUGGUUUAUCUACUGUCUCCCUUAUUGCGGAUUUCCUUCUCCCUGCUACCAAUUACACCAAAUACGGUAGUAAGAAAGGAGCUUGGGCUUUAGUUACAGGUUCGUCCGAUGGAUUGGGUUUAGAAUUCAGCAAGCAAUUGGCUGCCAAAGGAUUCAACAUCGUGUUAGCUUCUCGUACUCAAAGUAAGUUAGAAGCCUUAGCUACUGAGAUCAAUGAAAAGUAUGGUGUUGAAACCAAGAUUGUUGCUGUUGAUGUCACUAAACCUGGGGCCGACGAAGAGAUCUUCACCGCCAUUAAAUCCUUACCCGUCGCGGUAUUAGUGAACAAUGUGGGUAGAUCACAUUCCAUCCCCGUACCAUUUGCUGAGACCGAUUUAGAAGAAUUAGAGGGAAUUAUCACCAUCAACACUACCUUCACUUUGAAAUUGACCCGUCUCGUGGUACCAGUUAUCAAUGAUACUGCCGCUAAACUCAAGGUUAAAGGUUUAAUUGUCACUAUGGGAAGUUUCGGUGGUUUAUUACCUACCCCAUACUUAGCAGUUUAUUCUGGUUCAAAAGCUUUCUUACAAAACUGGUCCGUUAGUUUGGCCGCAGAAUUACCAAAUGUCGAUGUAGAAUUUGUGUUGAGUUACUUAGUUACUUCCUCCAUGUCCAAGAUCAAAAGAACUUCUUUCAUGAUCCCAAAUCCUAAGAAUUUCGUUAAGGCCACUUUAUCUAAACUUGGACGUAGAAAUGGUGCGCAAGAAAGAUUUGCUACCACCACCCCUUACUGGUCUCAUGCCUUGAUGCACUUUGGUAUCGACCAAACUGUAGGUGUUUAUUCCAAAGUCGCCAACAGUUUGAACUAUAGCAUGCACAAGGACAUCAGAAGAAGAGCUUUAAGAAAGGCUGAAAGACAAAAGAAGGCUUUAUAG